GCGACAGCAAAAGCCAUAACAAAAGGACUCAUCGUUCAGCGCCAGAUUUCAAAUCGCCCGGAAAUUCAGGUCUAUGUAGUGCUUACUGGUAAUCUGAAAGUCAAAGAUGAAGUCUUUAAAGGAUAACGGUAAUGAUGGAGAUACUGAUGUGUUAGUGAAUGAGGAUGAAAAUAAGUAUUUGGAUCAGAUUAGACACAUUUUGAAGAAUGGUGAAAGAAUCGAUGAUCGGACAGGUGUUGGGACGAUCUCUGUGUUCGGGAUGCAUUCCGUUUAUUCGCUUCGAAAUGGUGUUGUUCCGGUAUUGACAACCAAACGAGUCUACUGGAAAGGUGUUGUCGAGGAACUGUUAUGGUUCAUUCGAGGAGAUACAAAUGCAAAGCAUUUAUCUGAGAAAGGUGUCAGGAUUUGGGAUGCCAAUGGGUCUCGACAAUUCCUUGACCAAUGUGGCUUCAACGAUCGAUCUGAAGGAGAUUUAGGACCUGUUUAUGGCUUUCAGUGGCGACACUGCGGUGCCGAGUAUCGAGGUAUGGAUGCUGAUUACACCAACCGAGGUAUCGACCAGUUAUCUGAAAUCAUUGAUCUGAUCAAAAAUGAGCCACACAGUCGUCGUAUCAUACUCAGUGCCUGGAAUGUUAAAGAUUUGAAAUUAAUGGUUUUACCGCCUUGUCAUACGCUUGCUCAAUUCGCUGUACGUAAUGAUGAGCUUUCGUGUCAGUUAUAUCAGCGUUCUGGAGACAUGGGAUUGGGAGUGCCUUUUAAUUUAGCGAGCUAUGGACUUCUGACGCACAUGAUAGCACAUAUUUGUGGCCUUAAGGCUGGUUACCUAUGUCAUGUUUUGGGAGACGCUCAUGUAUAUGUGAAUCAUGUCGACGCAUUACAGGAGCAGCUUAGACGUCAACCACGAACGUUUCCUACUGUUCGAUUCGUUGGGAAUAUUAAAACAAUAGAUGAUUUCACUUACGAAUCAAUCAUUCUUGAAAAUUACCGACCGAUGCCAACAAUCAAAAUGGCAAUGGCUGUAUAAAUGAUCUUUUUCAUGUUUUCCCAUAACAUUGUUAUCAUAGUAGCUAUUGAGGAAAAACUGUUUUGAAUUUUCACUCUCCUCACCUCUUUCUUACAGAUUGAUUCAAAUAGGAUUUUGAGGUUGUUUUACGUUUUUUAUGGUAGUUAUGAUAUCUUUUUGUGGACUCC